AUGGCGACAAUUGCCCUUCCGAGGCCAAUUCCCCCGCAUCGUCCAACCUCCACGGUGGGCGCCGUUCCCUCCAUAUCACUGGAGCCCAUUGGCGCCGCCCAAGUCCCUGUACCGAACAAGCAUCUCCCAGUAUGCCCCCCGGGGCCCGUUCCUGCAGAGGAGCCCAACACUCCGCCGCCUUCUCCUCCCCGCGAUGACGAACAGAUCCAGCAGUCUUCGCUGUUGUACCCUCCCUCAAAGUUUUCCAAGUACGAGUCUGGUUCCGUGGCCGUCUACACGAUCUGCCCCGCCGACGUGGCCGCUGCCGUCGAUUACAUCUCCCGCCAGCCGUUGCCGGAUCCAAAUCAAGUCUUCCCUUGGUUCCAUGGGCUCCACCCCCACAACCAUAUCCAGCAAGCUUUCUUCAUUGCCCGCCACCGUUCCCUCCGCAAGACACCCACAUGUGUUCGAGGAGUCACGCUCGUCAAAGCCGAUGGUGACUUGAGUGUCGCCCGUCUCAAGGGUGCCAUUGCCCCGCAAGAGUUUAUUCAUCUGACUGCCGCCCCCGAUUUCCUCGACGUUGACCCCCGCGAUGGCUUCUGUGUGAGGAACUUCCAGAUCCAGGCUGCCAAAGCCGCCAUGCUUUCGGACAUUGUUGUAUAUGGGGAAGACGAUGCUGCCGUUCGCAAACUCGGUCUUGAUAUCGCCACGGCACAGCUUCGCUGGCGACAACGGCACGAGACACAGGGCCACACCAUCCCGGAGUACAAUACAUUCUUGUGUGCCGCCCCAUUCAAAGACUUCGAGAACGAUUACAAGGAAAUCGUUGCCAUUGACGCCCAGGGCCGACUGACUGGCAAUGUUCUCGACUUUUUCCAGCAGGAGCGCAAGGAAAUGUACAAUAUGACCAAGGCUUCGGAAAUAUCCCACAACGUCUGGUUGGGCCCAACACCAGACCCUACAUCCGGCGAGGAGGACCACUUUGAUGUCCUGAUAGAAUGCAGUGAUGUUGGUCGGCUGAAUCCUUCGGCCCUGCGCACCCUGGCGGAGUCUCGAGUCGAGCCUACCCAACGACCUUAUAUUGAUUUCCCCUCGUCUGGGAGCAUCCUGCCGCCAACAUGGUCACAAGCCGAAGCCGACGGCAUCCUGGAAACCUGCAAGUGGAUGUACCACUUGGCCCACGGUACGCUUCCGGCCACGGACAAGUCCGGCACCGACGUGGACGGCGAUACCGACAUGACCGAUCAGGGCGAGCCAGCUCCCGUGUGUCCGCGACCCAGGAAGAUCCUCAUCCACUGCGCCGAUGGGUACACUGAGUCCACCAUGCUAGCAAUCGCCUAUUUCAGCUACAGCACUGGUCAAGGCAUUGCCGACGCCUGGUUGCACCUACACACCAGCAAGAAGCGUAACUUCUUCGCCUACCCCACCGAUGUAGCCCUUCUCACGUGCAUCGAGGCACGGCUACUUCACGAGUCGCCUCUCCACUCGGGAAAGAGUCUCCGUGACAUUACGGCCUUGAUCAAGGAGCCGCCAUGGCUUCCCGGUCUAGAUGGCUCGUUACCCAGUCGAGUUCUCGAUUACAUGUACCUUGGCAAUCUUGGUCAUGCAAACAACCCCGACCUUCUGAGGGCCCUGGGAAUCGGUCAGAUCCUAAGCGUGGGCGAAACCUCAAUGUGGAGGGAAGGGGAGUUGGAAGAAUGGGGCACAGAAAAUGUCUGCGUUGUUCAAGGAGUCCAAGAUAACGGCAUCGACCCCUUGACAGACGACUUUGAGAGAUGUCUCGACUUUAUUGAUCGUGGCCGGCGUAACGGAACAGCCACAUUAGUGCACUGCAGAGUCGGCGUGUCAAGAAGCGCAACCAUUUGCAUCGCCGAAGUGAUGCGGUCGCGGGGUCUUUCGUUUCCUCGGGCUUACUGUUUCGUCCGAGCCCGCAGGCUCAACGUUAUAAUCCAACCUCAUCUGCGCUUUGCUUACGAACUUCUCAAAUGGGAAGAGCUCAACCAAGUGCAGAAGAAUGGUUCAACAGGCGUCAAGCGCGAGCUGGAAUGGGGCGAAAUCGCCCGAGAAAUCGCCCUCAUGAAUCGUCCGUACGCCAGAUGA